CCGUGGGCCACGGAAAUGCACUCCUUUUCUCGCUCGCAGCUUUCCAGCAGUCAGUCAAACACCUCUGGGGGUGGGUGGUGGGGGGCGUUCCUCUGGUGUAUUCCACUUCCUGCUUGUGUUGCAGCCCAGCUGAGUUGCCGGCCCCGAAAGCCUCACGAGCGGCUUUUACACGGCUGUCACACUUCAGCCAUUGUGCCAUUGAAGUGUCACUUUGAGUUAGCCUCAAAAUGCUUUAAUUCUGUUUAUGGAUUCCUGCAGUGUUUGGAUUCCUCUCAGCCCUCUCCGUUGGCCCUGCUGGCGGCCACCUGCAGUAAGAUCGGAGGGCAGGGGGGAGCAGAGGGGGCCCAGGUCCAGACGGGGCCCCAGCAGAUCCAGCUCCAGGCUGGGCAGAUUCAGCUGCAAGCGGGUCAGCUCCAGGGUCAGAUUGUAGUCGACACGUCUGGGGGCCAGGCCCUGGUUCCGCAGCAGCUGGAACUGGUCCCGGCUCAGUUCACCGGGAACGGUUGGCAGAUCAUUACAGCGCCAGCUGCCAUGGCCAAGGAGACCACCAACCAGCCCGUAGCUGUAACGGUGGCCACGACCGUUCCAAAUGACAGCUCACCUGGACGCAAGGUGAAAGCUGUGGCUGGGACCAACAGUGUGGCCGCCAACCAGCAACAGCAGUUCCAGAUAAUCCAGGUGCAGAACCUGCCCAAUUCUGGAGGCGGGGUCCAGUACCAGGUGAUCCCUCACCUGCAAACUGCAGAUGGACAGCAGAUCCAUAUCAACCCAACCCAGCAGGCUUCCCUUGGGGCUCUACCCGAGCAGCUGCAGCUCAUUCAGAGUCCGAGUCCAGGCCAGGCCCAGGCAAUUCUCCAAACAGCCAACCAGCAGGCCAUCUUGUCAAGUACAGCCAAUCAGACGGUCCCCCUGCAAAUCCGUCCCGCUCAGUCUUUCCCCCUGCAGCUGCAGACCCUUCAGGGCUCUCAGACUCCCGUCAUGACCACGGUACCAAUCAACCUUGGCGGCAUGACCCUGGCUUUGCCUGUGAUCAAUAACGUCGGAGGAGGCGGGGCCGUGCAGCUUAUCCAAUCAGCAGAUGGCACUUUUUCUGUUGCCAGCGGCAACCAGUUGAUGACAACCGCGGCGGUGUCCGGGGCAGCAGCGACACCACUGACUGAAGGUGACAGUACGUCAGACGGGUCACAAGUGGUCUCUGCUGCUAUUGAGGGCGCGACACCUGAAAACCAAGCACAAAGCGCCGAGGCAGACUCUCAAAGUCAGAACCAGGCCAACGGAGUCCAAAGCCAGGCAGACGCGCCGGGAACGAUUCAACAGGUGAUCGUGGGGCAAGUGGGACAUCAGCUGGUGCAGCAGAUCCAGCUGCAGCCCCAACCUCAAAGUCAAAACCAAGGCCAGCAGCAGCAGCACAUUCAGACUCUUCAGCUGGCCCCAGGUCAAACCCUACAGCCCAUUCAGGCCUUUCAGAAUCCAGCCCAGGUCCUCGUUCGCACACCCACCCUGUCCCCUUCCGGACAGAUUGCCUGGCAGACGCUGCAGCUCCCUGGUGGGGUUUCCCUACAGGGCAGCCUGGGAGCGGCAAUGCCACAGCAGCUCACGCUGGCACCGGUGGCUGGUGGGACAGCAGUGGGGGGCGCAGGGUUGGUCUCCUUGGGCGGAACUCCUCUGACACUGAGCGCCGCUCAAAUCAACCCAGGAUCCGGUGUACAGACGGUCAGCAUCGCCGGGCUCGGCAACGCCGGGGUUCAAGUGCAGGGUGUGCCACUCACCAUCACAGGUUUACAGGGUCAACCGCAGGGGCAGGACGGUGUCAAAGUUCAGUCGCCGCCUGUGACGGUCACCGUGGGUAACGUGGCCUCCAGCUCGUCAAUGAGUCCAGACCAGUUGGGAUCCGUGCAGAGUUCCUCAGACCACGAAGGACCGCCCAGCAAGAGGCUCCGUCGCGUUGCCUGCUCCUGCCCAAACUGUAGAGAUGGAGAUGCAAGAAACAGUGGGGACCCCACAAAGAAGAAGCAGCACAUCUGCCACAUGGAAGGCUGCGGGAAGGUGUACGGCAAGACCUCGCACCUGCGGGCGCACCUGCGCUGGCACACGGGCGAGCGGCCGUUUGUCUGCAACUGGAUCUUCUGCGGCAAGAGGUUCACCAGGAGCGACGAGCUGCAGAGACACCGGAGAACGCACACAGGAGAGAAACGCUUUGAGUGCCCCGAAUGCUCCAAGCGCUUCAUGCGGAGCGACCACCUCUCCAAGCACAUCAAAACCCACCAGAACAAAAAAGGCGGGGCCGCCGUGGCCAUCAUCACCACCGACAACAUGGAGGACGACGCCCCCGAGGGCCUCGGGGCCUCCCCUCAAAUCGUCACGGUGGCGACCCUUUCCCAUGACUCUGAGCCCGCGACGCCGACCACCUCCAAUCACCUGGAGGAAGAUGAAGAGGAGGAGGAGGAGGAGUUUGAAUAGAAAACUGGUUUUUCCCAUUCAUUCCUGUUAGCGGAGGUCAUCGCUGAGGCUGCUGGUGUGCCUGCUUUCCUUUUACAGAUUCUUCAUUGGGGUGGGGGGAGGAAAAAAAGAUGUGAUUAAAUUCAUUCAAAAGUACACCGCCAAAAGCAAAAUGAAAGAUAAGCUUAUCAUUUGUACAACAUAUCUAUUAUGGGUCCGUAUGAAGUGGGGGGGGGGGGGAUGAGUCAUUUUAAGAUUAGCAAGAAAAAGCAUUCAACAAUGAUGUUCUUUUUAUAAAUCGUGCUGACAUCUAUCUCUAUGCACAAAGUUGCGCACCGGUUUCUUACCCGUCGAACAGGGCUGAGGGUCAAUCAAGGUACAGGACUGUCGCAGAGUCCGGGCAGUCUCGGGAAAGCCCGCACGUGUGCGCGAGUCAACUUAACGAAAUCGUUUCGUGUGGUCGUUCUCGACAGUCACGAAGAAGAUCUCCCGAAUCUGACUUUUGUCCUCCCGUCCGAUUCAGGUGUUGAUUCCUUUUAUGAACUGCUACGGAAGAAAACAAUUCCUUCGACAUGGAAGGAACAGAAGAAAAAGCACAUAUGAAAAAAAAAAAAAAAAAAUUAUAUAAUGCAUUCCUAUUGCGGCAGUGGCCAUUAGAAAGAAAAAAAAAAGUUUCUAUGAAGAAAUCAAUCUAGCUUUCUACAACUAUGUUUGUGAGGUGAAAGCAAUACUUUAAUGACAAUCUAGUGGAACAUGUUUACAUUGUCGGGGAGGGGUCUUAGGGGAGUGGUGGUGGUGGUGGGGGGGGGGGACAAAUAAUGAGAGCACACACACAUGCACGCACGACGAGGUCAGUUGUAUGGGAAUUUCCGACAUUUUAUCACUAUCGUCUAUUUGAUUUCCAGCAGCCGAAAGAGCGUCGCGUGGGACGGCGAUGGCGCUUUUGGGUUCCUGUGCUCUUCUGAACCCUGCCCUCACCCCGCUGGGUGACCCACUGCUGCCUUAACACGAGCUGAGGGGGAGGUCGGAGCGAGUGGCGGGCGAGGGGGUGUGCGGUGAGACGGAGCACAGUCAAAUUGCAGUGGGUGAGAGCUGUUUGGGAGGGGGUGUGUGGGGCUGUUCGGGCUGUUUAGCUAUGUGGUGAUGAGAUAUUUCUGGUGGUGUUGCUCAGUGUUAGUCCAGUGCGUAAAGUCUUAUUGGAGGAAAAAAAAAAAUCUAUUUUAUAGAAUUUGUUUUGAAAGCCUGCCCCUCCCAGUUAAAACAGCAGCUCACUGUGUAAAGCUAAUUUAUUAUCUUUGAGUUGUAAUAUUUGCCUUCUUGCUGAACUUGUAUUUGUGAGUGUAUUUGUGUACGGCAUGGUUCAGUUUUUUUUUUUUUUUAACCCCCCUUUGUAGUAUUGCUUUUCUUUUGGUUUCCUUCCUCCUUGCGCCAUCACGUGUGUUUCUUCUUUUUAGGAGAAAUUACAAUAAGGUAAAGAAAAAAAAAUAGCUGAUCCUCCCAAAAUGUAGAUGUUUUUCAGUAAUAUUUAGUGUGACAACCAACUUUUUUUCUUUUUCUUUGAUAUUUUCUAGCGACAUCUCAUUUGUAAAUCUUUUUCUAAACUGUGUUCUUCGCCAUGACAUUUGAUAUUGGGGUUUUUCCCCAGGUUAGCCUCAAAGGCUCCGGUUUGUGGAGAUUUCUAAAAAUGGUUUGUAUAAAUGUGUUAUGUCAGUAAAAUGAUUAAGGUGGGGGGCUCGGGGGGAUGGGGGAAGAGAAAACUUCAAGCAGAAAAAAUGUUUUGCCUGCAUAACACGUGAAUAAAGUGAUUUGAAACAGCUUUA